AUGGAGAGAUCUCUGGAACUGGCUAACUGGUCCACCAAUCAGGAUUUCAUCCUCCUGGGCUUGUCUGCGGGGAAUGGCAUCAGGGAUGGUCUGUUUGUCAUGUUCCUGACUCUCUACCUGCUGAUCCUACUGGAGAACAUGCUAGUCAUCUACCUUAUCUGCAGCCACCGUGAGUUGCUCCAAAAACCCAUGUACUUCUUCCUGGGCAACCUGAGCUGUUUGGAGAUAUGCUACGUGUCAGUGACCAUGCCCAGCCUGCUGGUAGGCCUGAGGUCCAGUCCAUGCCACAUGUCAUUCACAGCUUGCAUAACACAAUUGUUUUUAUUCAUCUCUCUCAUUGGUACCAAGUGCACCCUCCUGGCCUCCAUGGCUUAUGACCGCUAUGUUGCCAUCUGCUGUCCACUGCACUACCCACUGCUCAUGAGGCCUCAGGUCUACUGGGGAUUAGCCUUGUCCUCCUGGGUGGGUGGACUGUUGGUCUCUGUGGUCAAGACCACAUGCAUCGCCAGCCUGUCCUAUUGUGGGUCCAAUGUCGUCAAUCACUUUUUCUGUGAUGUUUCACCUCUGCUGAACCUGUCCUGUACCCACGUGGCCCUCACAGAGCUGGUGGACUUCAUCUCUGCCAUCGUCAUCUUCUGUGGUUCACUGUUAGUUGCUCUGGCCUCCUAUGUGGCCAUUGGCAGGGCUCUGAGCCGCAUGACUUCAGCUGCUGCAAGUCACAAAGCACUCUCCACCUGUGCCUCCCACCUCCUGGUAAUGGGCAUCUUCUACUCCGUGGUCCUCUUCAUGUACUCCAGGCCAAGCCACAUCAAAUCCACAGACCUCACCAAGGUGCUGUCUGUCAUCUACACAGUGGCCACACCCAUCUGUAGCCCCAUCAUCUACUGCCUGCGGAACAGGGAGGUUCACACAGCACUGCAGAAAACCCUCCAUCUGUGCUGA